AACUUGGCUAACUAUUUAUUGUUCACUAAUCAUCCAUAUCUUGUUAUUCCUAUCGGCUCAAAACUGCCGAACCGGGUCGGUCAAAACUAUUUUAUUUAUGACAAAAUUAGCCAGUGACGCAAACACUGUUUAAAUUAUCGAGAAAAGAUAAGUGUUAUGAUAUGGCUGUCUUGUUUCAUUUCAGUAAGCAGGCAUUGAAUACAUAGCCAUAUUUAUAUUCAAUAUUGUAAAUGUGUAUUUCUAUUUUCAGUUAUUAUAUAUAAUAUAAAUAUUAAGCCAUGAAUUUUAAGUCUAAUAAUAAUAUUGUAGUUAUUUGAAAGUAGUUUUUUCAAUUGACUAGCCGGAAAAUUUUGAUUUCUCAACAACCUAGUACAAGAAUGAGAUUGCCAAGAAUAUUUAAUAAACAUCAGCGAGCUCCCUUCAAAUCAAUAUGGCUCUUUAUAUUAAUUGCAUUGGUUGGAUGGAUUUCUUGUUCGUUAACAUAUUUUAUUUAUACUGUACCGGGAACAGCUAACACAUAUCUAUAUCGUUUUCAUUUGAUGCGACAUUCACUUUACAACUCCAUGAAACACGCAAGUGUGGAUGCAUAUCAACGCAUUGUCAGGAAUUCUGCAAUGAAUGAUAAUUAUGAAAGGCCAAUAUCUACAAAGCCACCUUCAAUCACAACAACAACAACAUUUUUACCACCAGGAUUCACAUUUCUUCCUAAUCAAACUUGCCCUGAAAAGUUUCCAGAAAUGACGGGCCCAUUCUAUGUGAAUAUGACUGAAAUACCAAUGUCCGAUUUAUAUGCCAACUACUCAGAUAUUAUCAAAGUUGGAGGAAAAUGGAGACCAAAGGAUUGUGUACCGAAGUAUAAAGUUGCUUUCCUCAUUCCGUUCCGAAAUCGACAUCAACAUCUUCCGAUCUUACUUCGGCAUUUAUUACCUAUGUUGUUAAAACAACGACUGGAUUUUACAUUAUUUUUAGUUGAACAGUCUGGUGCUUAUCCCUUCAAUCGUGCUAUGCUCUUCAAUGUUGGAUUCCAAGAAGCAAUGAAGCGUGACAAUUUUGAUUGUUUCGUAUUUCAUGAUGUUGAUCACAUUCCUGAGAAUGAUCGCACUUAUUACGGAUGUUCGGGAAUGCCGAAACAUUAUGCGACGCAGUUAGACAUUCAUUUAUACCACUUGGAAUAUGAAAAAUUUUUCGGGGGUGUAAGCGGAUGUACAACAGAACAAUUCAAAAAGGUGAACGGCUUCACGAACCAGUUUUGGGGCUGGGGGGGAGAAGACGAUGAUUUUUAUACAAGAAUCAAACAAGGCGGGUAUAAUGUUUCAAGACCACCAGAUGAAUACGGAAGAUAUCAAUCAAUAAAAAAGAACCACGGUCAAGAAGCGCAGUUUCUUGGACGAUUCAGUCUACUUAAACAUUCGGCCGAUCGAAAUUUCGUUGACGGAUUGAACAGUUUACACUACAAAACCCCGAUCAUCACUCAAACGAGAUUUUACACAAACAUUACGGUAGAUUUACGGCCGGUGAAAGAUUUGGCAUCGCCGACGGACCAUUCAUAAAAGAAAAAAUUUUGUUGGGUUGAUAAUACUAAAUAGGAAUUGUCAAAAUUGAGAUUUCAAAUUAGUUCUUGGAGUUUGUGGUGCACAGGCUGCUCCUAAUUGUGUAUUUACUUUUCAUAAAUAGAGAAAGGUUUGGAAAUAUAUUGAAAAAUGCAGUAAAAUCAUGAUAAUUUCAAAGACAAAAUUCUCGAAAAGUUAAAUUUUAGGAAAAAAAAUUUUGACUGAAAAUCAAAAACCAGACGCUUUUUUAAUAAUUUCCGUCAAAUCAUAAUGAUUUCAUAAUAUUCACAUGAAAAGACAGAUUAAAGAUUAAUUCUUUAAACUAAAAACAGGAGUCUAUCCAUCGAAUCUCUUGUCUUUUGAAAGAAUCAGGGUCCUUGGGUGUUUUGAUAGCUACAGCAUGAACAUCCUCCUAACUAAAUUAAUUUUUUCAACUCUACCUUUGAAGAAUAUUAUUUGUAGUAACAAUUUAAUAAUUCUUUACCUGUAUCAAAUGAUUUUUCUUUUUCUUGCUUUUUUUUCACUUCAUAUUUGUAUCAAAUUGUUUAAUAUAGGUACAUAGCGUAGUCAUUACUGUUCUAAUUGUAUUAUUAUUUUGUGUUUUUCUUAACCACUCUCUCAUAACCAUGUUUUUCAUAACCUUUCUCACCCAAAUGUGAACUAUAUACAAUUUUGCACAAAGACCAUAUGGUUCUAUGCAUCUGAAAGCGCCCAGCCAAUAGGAACGUAGUAUUGAAUCUUACAUUACAUGGAAAGUUUCGUGUUUUUUAUGACCCCGGUCGCCUGAAAUUUAUCAAAUUCUUCACAAUGAACAUAAGAUUUUAUCCCGGUCAAUAUAAAUGAAGGAUUGAAUCUUAUGUUUUGUAGAAAAUUGCUGAAAACGUGAAAUGUUUCCAUGAAGGCCUGCUGGGUUUCGCUCUUCACCGAAUUUAGACAAAACAGCGCAAUGUAAUAAAAUACAUUUUCUUCUUGACAAGUGAUUUUCUUUCACCGGGACAUUGUCUAAUCAUGCAUGGAGCUGAAUUUGUGAAUGCCAUCACGAAUAUAUUUUUGUUUGGUAAAUGUACAAAUAAUGAUGCACCAAAUUAUAAUUACACAAUUUUUUAAUACAGACCACAGAACCAUUUUAUAGAUUGUCAGCUAGUUUUAUAAGCUAUGAUGAAUAAACAUAAUUAUGUCAUAAAUAAAAUAAUACAAUGUGUCUGAGAGACAUGGCUGGGGUUUAAAAUCACAAUGCCUCUGGUCACUGAGCCACAAAUCAAAUCAAACUUUGGCUCCAGCUACGAGUCCUCAGAGCUGGACUCCAUAGCCAUUGAUGUUUUUUCAUAUUACCACAACUAUGGAACAUAAGUCCAAAUGCAGUUUCACAGCAUUAGGACUCCAUACCAUGAUAUGAAGGUUUCAAAAUUAAACCUUCAAUUAUACAAAUUUCAUCUGAAACAUUUGAAUAAAUGGUGAAAAAAUAAAAAUCAAAUUCGAAAAAAAUAUCAAACUUUAUAUUUUUUUAUGAAGUUUUAAAAAUAUGGAAAAUUAUCAGAUACUUAUGAGUUUGAGCUACUAACAUUGCUGGUGGCUCGGGCUCCAUCUUUUAUCGUAAGCUGGGCUUCAUCUGAAGAAAAUGGCACAACUCCCGACUCCCAAUCCCUGCUUGAAAGACACACAUGCUUUUAAUUACACUUCUUUAAGUUUUUCUAAAUUGAUCUUGAAAAAGUCUUUCAGUUAUAAUAUUGCUUCAGAUUUUAAAAAAGUAUUGGUAAAUAUUGUAAUUAUUCAUAUUAUAAUCAUUGAUGUCACGUAAAUUAUAUGGCACAAACAACAUGGACUGAAAAUAACAUAAAAGUUCAUAUAGAUCAUCACACGGAAAAAAAAUGAGCAGUGAUGAACUGUUGAAAAUUAUAGUUAUACAUCAAUUUUUAUUUCAAAUAUUUAGUGACAUCUGAUAUCGAAGAUAACUUUUUAUCAAACUUUCUCAAGUAAAAUAAUUGAAUGCUUAUAUAUAUAUAUAUGUAUAUAUAUCGCUAACUAAUUUUUUUCUGGGAGAAAAAUUUUUUUGUGGUCAAAAAGGAAUCUAAACAACAUCAAGUGAAAUAUUAUGUAUAAAAAUGUUGAUUAUGUCAAACAAUUGUAUUGUAAUACUAUAUAAUAUGAUGGUCAGUACUUUUGAAUUAUAUAUAAUACGUGUACAGAUGUUUUUAUAUUAAUUCAUUAUUUAACAUUGAUAAUUAGAAUACUGCAGUUCCAGUUUUACAAUAUUAUAAUAUAAUUUGCUGAUGAACUAUUUUUUCAAUUCUUCACCUGAUAUUCAAUAAAAAGUUCCCUGUUUUCGCAGAGGUUGAAAUUCAAUAUUAUGUAUUUUUGGUUGAAGUUAUUUGACUUUGACAAACCUUUUUUUUUAUUGAUGUUCGCCUCCUCAACUAUAUUUAGUCCAUUGAAUGAUUUCUCUUUCAAGGUUUGGUCAAACUCGACAAGGUAAUUUUAAUCUAACAAUUUGUCUUCAAAUAUGAGUAUUUAUUCCUAUAUUAAUUCCAUUCUACCAAGUUUUUGGGGCGCUCCAGAAGUAUGUGUACCAAUAUGGAGACAACUACUUUUGUUCGCUUAUUUUACGUAAAGUUGUGUAAAUGGACUGAAACCUACGUAUAUACACUUGGCCAGCACAGACGGUUCCCGAACUCAUAAUAGAACUAAACGAAGGAAAAUCGGAAUAAAAUUAUGGCCUAACCCUAACCUGGUACACAUACUACGGUAGUACUGUUUUAUUCUGUUUAAAGCUGCUUUUUACCCGUAUAACAUGAAUAAAGUUGGUUGUAUUUAUUCUCUUCAAUUUGUUCAAUCAGUGAAAAAUUUACAUUCAAGUUCGUACAUAUCACUAAAUUGACUUUACACUUGGAUAUUUGAAAAUUUCAAGUCAUAAUAUCCAGCCAAUACCCAACAGUUUGAUCAAGAUAGUAUAUGUGAUUCUACAAACCGCAUUAUCUUUUUGUAUCUUGAGUCGCUGUGGUGCCCCAUGUGGAUGUGAAAAUGAAUCAGAUUUUUCCAAGUGAUAUUUGGAUAUUGUUACUGUUACUAUUCUCUUUGUUCCCUAUUUAAUUCAGUGUUGUGGUUUUGUAGCAAUUGUUUGUAGAAAUUUUUUCUAUUUUUUGUCUCUAUUGAGUGUAAUUUAUGUAUACAUCCUGAAAAGCAAGAACUUAGAUAUCAGAAGCUUCACAAAAUAUUAUUGCGCUUCGGAAGUGUAUAUUCACUUGGCUAACACAGACAGUCCACGAACUCGUAGUAUAACUGAAAUAAGGAAAAUCGGAAUAAAAUUAUGCGUUAACCCGGUACACACACUACACCUAUAUUAUAGUAUACCUCAUCAUUAGUAUAUUACCAAACAACACUCAUACUUUUUAGAAUAAAAAAUUGGUCAUUUUAUUUGGUAAUGAAAAUUGAAAGUGAUCAAUUUGUCAGUUUAUAGUUAUGCAAAAUUUAUAUUGAAAAAUUGACAAAAAUAAUGUUUUCACUCGCUGAUUGGCAGUCCUACUAGUUUAUAUCCUAUAAGACUUCUGAAUUCCUGAAAAUAACUCAUGUUGGUGUCUGUCUGAGUUUGCUUCAACCAUUUUUUGUUGGGAUUGUUAAAUUACGGUAACUUGGUUUAACAUUUUGAGCACCUGAAUAUGUGUGACUAUAUAGGGUUGAAAUUUUCUAUUGAUAUGCUGUGUGAGUGAGGUUAUAUCUUAUGCUGCAUCUGUUUUUCUCCUGAUAUGUUUUGUGAACAUUCGACUAGAAUUGUUAGCAAUUCAAAAGCUAUAUUUUAUUUCAUAAGAUAGAGGUGUUAUUUAUUCAAAUAUUUUAUUCAAUCGGGUAACCAAAUUGGUUCAAUAUAGGGUAGCAAAACCAUCAUUUUAGAAAAAUGUCCAAUAACUGUGAUCUCUUCGUAAAAAAAGAAUACAAAUAAAAUUGAUGGUUUGUCCAUUGCAUUAAAA